AGGACCCAGUUAACUGCGACUCCACAGAGAUUAGCGACAGACUGUUGCUUUUUUCCAGGCGUUUUUUGGUGGAGUACAUAUAAGAGUAAUACUUGACAUUAUUUAUGUAGCACACCGUUAUCGUUUUACACACGAGCCCGACGCUUCUCUAAAACUGUCAACAGAGGAAAAUGACAUGUCAGCGGCUAAACUUAAUGUUGGCAUUGUUGCGAGCACUGAACUCGUCUGCGCUGCUGUUGCAUUGAAGGAGACGGAGCGAGCAGCAACAGCCGACUGAAGUUUACUACUGUUUCCUCGAUAACAAAGGGGGGCUGCUUUUCUCUUUUCUGUGCGAUUAUUCGACGCCAUCGUACGGUUAAAAGCCUGGGGGAAGAUUUAAAAUGCGAGCCACGCUCACCCAUCGUGUUUGUAUCGUAAAAGGACAUGGAGCACGGAGAAGGACCGUCUGAGUAACAGUCGAUUUAACUUCUAUUCAGGACCUUUACUUCAUUAAAACCCAGUAUCAGAUUAAGAUCGAGCCAACUAAAUGUAAAGGAUCGUUUGCUUUCAAGCCACCAUGGAUAUCUUUCCCCGGCCAAGCGGCGAAAUCCAGAGGAAGAACCCUCAGCAUGACUUUGAGCUCAUUCAGAGGGUGGGAAGUGGCACAUAUGGAGACGUGUACAAGGCUCGAAACAUACAAACAGGAGAGCUCGCUGCUGUGAAGAUCAUAAAGUUGGAACCAGGGGAUGACUUUUCCAUCAUACAGCAGGAAAUCUUCAUGGUGAAGGAAUGCAUGCACCACAAUAUUGUGGCCUACUUUGGGAGCUACCUCUGUCGGGAGAAGCUUUGGAUAUGUAUGGAGUACUGUGGUGGAGGAUCUCUGCAGGACAUUUAUCAUGUAACGGGACCUCUGUCUGAGCUUCAGAUAGCAUACGUCUGCAGAGAGACCUUACAGGGUUUGGGAUAUCUGCACAUCAAGGGCAAGAUGCACCGUGACAUCAAGGGUGCCAACAUACUUCUAACAGACAACGGAGAUGUGAAGUUAGCUGACUUUGGAGUUGCAGCCAAAAUAACAGCCACCAUUGCCAAAAGAAAGUCUUUCAUUGGAACACCUUAUUGGAUGGCUCCAGAAGUGGCAGCAGUGGAGAAAAACGGUGGCUACAACCAGCUGUGUGAUAUCUGGGCUGUUGGCAUCACGUCCAUAGAGCUGGCCGAGCUGCAGCCUCCGAUGUUUGACCUACACCCGAUGAGGGCCUUGUUUUUGAUGUCAAAGAGUAGCUUCCAGCCUCCCAAACUAAAAGACAAAAACAAAUGGUCCACUGCCUUCCAUAACUUUGUCAAAGUGUCCUUGACAAAGAAUCCAAAGAAGAGGCCCACUGCAGAAAAACUUCUAUCGCAUGUGUUUGUGGCUCAGACGGGUUUGACAAGGAGGCUCGCUGUCGACCUCCUAGAUAAGAUGAACAACCCAGACAACCACCAGCAUUACAGUGAGGUGGACGAUGAUGACCUCGAGCCCCUGUCUGCAGUCAGACACACCAUCCGCUCCACCAACAAACAAGCCAGAGCUGAGAGGACGCGCUCAGAGAUAGACUCAAACAAUGGGACUCACCAAGGAGGGCCAUGCUCAAGUCCUAGCUUCACUGAGGGACACAGGGGGGAUGCAGUCGACAAACUCCAGUUCGAACCACCACUCCGGAAGGAAACUGAGGCUCAUUCUGAAAUGGAUGUGAGUAAGGAUAAUGACUUCCCCUCACCCUGGAGUCCCUUUGCAGAGGGAGGAAUAACAACCAGGGGACACAUCGCCCAUCUUGAAGACGCCUUUGAAGAAGUAGAGCUGUCAACUCUCAAGCCAGGGGUUCCUCCUCCUCUGCCCCCAAAGCCACGAUUAAACAGUUCAUCAGAGGAGCUCGGCCUGAAUGAGGAGAGGUCACUGACAGUGCGGAGGUUUCCUAACUCCGAGAACGGGCCGAGUCAGGUGGCCCGCAGACAGAGCACACCUGAGCAGGGCAACAAGGUGGAGCACUCGUCGCCAGACUUCCUCUCUGCCAGUGUCAGCAGCCCUGGCCUUUUGUCUCACGCCUCUGAUCCUGAUAAUGAUUCAGAUGGCAGUGUGAAUGGAGGCAGUCCCAAGCCACCACCCAACCAGCAGCACCGGAAAGAGAAGAAGGAAUUCCCUAAACCAGCCAUCAACGGCCUGCCUCCCACCCCUAAAGUGCUGAUGGGAGCCUGUUUCUCCAAAGUGUUUGAUGGCUGUCCACUGAAGAUCAACUGUGCCACAUCAUGGAUUCAUCCAGACACCAAAGAUCAGUACCUGAUCUUUGGGACAGAGGAUGGCAUCUAUACGCUGAAUCUUAACGAGCUGCAUGAAGCCACAAUGGAGCAGCUCUUCCCAAGGAAGUGUACAUGGCUGUACGUUAUCAACAACAACCUGAUGUCUUUAUCUGGGAAAACCUUCCAGCUGUACUCCCACAAUCUCAUCGGGCUGUUUGAGCAGCUGAAGAAGCCGGGCCUGGCCGCUCAGUUCCAGACUCAUCGCUUCCCAGACAAAAUUUUACCCAGGAGGUUUGCCUUGACAACGAAGAUCCCUGACACAAAGGGCUGUCACAAGUGCUGCAUUGUGAGAAAUCCGUACACAGGCCACAAGUACCUGUGUGGAGCGCUGCAGUCUGGGAUUGUCCUGUUGCAGUGGUAUGAGCCUAUGCAGAGGUUCAUGCUCAUCAAGCAUUUUGACUUCCCUCUCCCCAGCCCACUGAAGGUGUUUGAGAUGCUGGUGGUCCCAGAGCAGGAGUAUCCUCUGGUGUGUGUGGCCAUCAGCCAGGGCACAGAGCCAGGCCAGGUGGUUCGCUUUGAGACUAUCAACCUCAACUCCUGCUCCUCCUGGUUCACAGAGAUGGGAACAAGUAAUCAGCAGGUGGAUGCAAUCCAUGUCACCCAGCUGGAGAGGGACACGGUGUUGGUGUGUUUGGACCAAAAUUUGAAGAUUGUAAAUCUCCAGGGCAGGCUGAAGUCUAACAAGAAGCUGGCAUCUGAGCUCAGCUUUGACUUCUGCAUCGGAUCUGUUGUGUGCCUUCAGGACAGUGUCCUGGCCUUCUGGAAACACGGCAUGCAGGGAAAGAGCUUCAAGUCCAAUGAGGUGACCCAGGAGAUUUCUGAUCCAAGCAGAGUCUUCCGUCUCCUCGGAUCUGACAGGGUGGUGGUUUUGGAGAGCCGACCCACAGACAACCCCACGGCCCUGAGCAACCUCUACAUUUUAGCAGGUCAUGAGAACAGUUACUGAUCCUCCGCCGGAGACUGGACAGGUCUUAGAAAAAUUGUGGAUAAGAUGCCUCAGUGUUUGAGAGAAAAAGUCAGUCAGACUUUCACCUUAAAGGUUCUGUGUCAUGAGAAAACGUCAGUUAUUGGGAGCUUUUGUUACUGAUCAGGGGGAUCGACAGGUCAGUAAAAGGGGAGCCUCUUCAGACGGGGGAUUCAUGAGUAGCCUUACACCAGCAACACGUUCACUGUAGCAACGAGGAAACCAUAAAAGCUCAAAUGAACAUUGUUACUUAGCAUUUUUCUCACUUUUCUGUACUGUGGACUGAGUUACAAACAAGUUAUCUAGAGGUAUUAUUGACAAAAGUGCCAUUAAAAAAAAUCACAAGAAUUUGUGAUUGUAUUAGCAAAUAAUGGGAGGAUUUUACAGCUCUGUAGUUAAACUAAUAGAUCAGUUUAAACCGAAACCCUCAAGCCAUGUGGGUUAUUUAAGCAAUAUUUAUUAACCUCAUGUAAUAGGGUAUGUUGGAUUUACAGACAGUGACGGAGCGGUCCUGCUGUGUGAGGAUUAACUACCUAGUGAACAGUUCCUGAGCAGCUUUUGGUUAUUUUUACCGCUGUGUACUAUAGUUGCAUCUCUCCUGCUCUGCUGCAUUUUUAGAAGUUGGAUAUAAUGUACAUUUUUUUCUCUUUACCCUCUUCUUUUAUAGACCUUUUACUUCUCAUUAUUUGCACCAUGUAAGCACUUUUGUACAUUUUUUUUAAUUUAAAAUUAAAAUGACAAAAUGAGGGAAAAUGCUAGGUUUUUGUUAACAUCUUUGCAUUCCCUUCGCAAAUGUUUAAUGUAUGCUGUUUUUUGUAAUAAAAAAAAACGCUGUGGAUAACAAGACGA